UAGCGGCUCCGUCUACAAAGACGAUUGUGACACAGCCCCUACCCCCAAAGUGUGCCCAGCCCUGCUGGGCCCAAGCCGAGGGGCGGAGAAUACCUGCCCGGACGGGACGCGGAGCUAAGGCGGCGAUAGGGAGGCGUGUAGAUCAGCCUUGUGGAGGGGCGGGAAAUCAGGGAAUACUUCUUGGAGGAGGUACACCCUGACUGGUGCGAGUGAGCCGGCCAGAGAACAGGACUUUGCGGUGCACCCUGGAGAAGCGCAGAUUUUGAAUAUACCAACUUUGCAUGAAAGUAUGUCAUAUGAUGCAACAAUACCAGUGGAAUGGUCUUCUGAAUUUCAUCAGUGGAAUCCACAACAGGUCUCUGAUAGAAUAUUUUUCAUUGAUGCUUCUAAUCUGAAUUUUACUACCAUUCCCUUGGAGAUCUUAAUAUUAAAAGAAUUGGAAGAAGUGCAUCUGGAAAAUAACCAGAUUGAAGAAAUUCCCCAGGGUAUUCAGCAUUUAAAGAAUAUUAGAAUCCUGUAUCUCAACAAGAACAAGCUGAGGAAGCUGUGUCCGGAGCUGGGGAAGCUGAGAUGCCUGGAGGGCUUGGACCUGAGCCACAAUCCCCUCCAGCCUGCCUCCCUGCAGGUCCUCAGCAACAUUCGUACCUUGAGGGAGCUCCGGCUCUACCACAUUGACCUGAAGGAGCUCCCCAGUGUCCUCUGCAAAUCCCUUCACCAUCUCGAGCUGUUAGGACUAAGUGGAAACUACCUGAAAGCUCUGCCCCAGGAAAUAGUAAACCAGACCAAGCUCAGGGAGAUCUACCUGAAGCAAAACCAAUUUGAAGUUUUCCCUCUGGAGCUCUGUCUCCUCUCCAACCUGGAGACCAUUGACUUGGAUGAGAACAAGCUGACUGUCAUCCCAGAAGAGAUGGGGGAGCUCAGAGGGCUGCAGAAGUUCUUUGUGGCUCGGAACAACCUUCCUUUUCUACCCGACUCUCUGUGCAGAUGUAAGUGCCUGUCGGUGCUGGAUUUCUCCUACAACCUCCUCCACUCCAUUCCGCAGAGCUUCCUCGAGCUCACGGAGAUGACGGAGAUCUCCCUGAGUGGGAACCGCCUGCAGAAGCUGCCGCGCUUCAUGGGCAGGUGGACCUCGCUGCGCCUGCUCUACCUGCAUGACAACAGUCUGCAGAAACUGCCGCGCUCCUUCCGGCGGCUGUGCAACCUGCGCUUCCUGGAUCUCAGUCAGAACCUGCUGGAGCGCUGUCCAGACCUGAUCUGUACUCUGAAGAACCUGGAGGUCUUGGCUCUGGAUGAUAACAAACUGUGCCAGUUACCUUCAGACUUUGGCUCACUUUCAAAACUGAAGAUUCUUGGACUAACUGGAAAUCAGUUCUUUUCAUUUCCAGAAGAAAUCUUUUCCUUACAGUCUUUAGAGAAAUUGUACCUUGGGCAAGAUCACGGAGUCAAACUCACCUGUAUAUCAGAGCACAUUGGAAAACUACAGAAUCUUAAAGAACUGCAUAUAGAGAACAAUGAUCUGGAGUACCUUCCUGCAUCCUUGGGAUCAAUGCCCAACCUGACAAUCCUUGAUUGCCACCACAAUUUGCUUAGGAAACUUCCAGAUGCCAUUUGUCAUGCACAAGCUUUGAAAGAAUUACUUCUUGAUGACAACAAGAUCACCGAUCUUCCAGAGAAUUUGGAUUCUCUAGUGAAUCUGAAAGUUCUGACACUGAUUGACAAUCCCUUGGAAGAACCCCCAAUAGAAGUGUGCAGCAAAGGCAUCGAGGCCAUAUGGGCAUAUCUUAGGGAAAAAAGAGAGAAGAACAAGAUGGCAACAAAGAUUCAGGCAUGGUGGCGUGGAAUAAUGGUACGGAAAGGGCUUGGACAAUAUGAAGAACUAAAAUCACGAAAGAAAGGAAAGAAUUCUCCAAAAGAUAAGAAAGGAAAGAAGACUGGAAAAGCAGCACCUGUAAAGAAGAAAAAAUAAUAUAGGUUAAUGAACUGAGGUAAUGAACUCUGAUAGAUUAAAAAGGCAAAAUGUCUAGGAGUUAGAUGUCUACUAAACUAAAUUUAUUCAUAGAAUUAUGUGGAAUUUGUAGAAUUAUGUUACAUAUAAAAAUAAAGAUUCUU